GCAGGAGCUGUGAAGCUUCGCUGACGUCAUGACGAAUUUUCACCACUGAUCUUCGAGCUCAGUGAUUGCUGCGCUCGAAAUAGCACAUUCGCUAAUAACACAGAGUGGCUGCAUGCUCGAUAAUAUCGCGAGAGCUCGCUUUUGCCGUUUCUAUUUCCCGCUUCAGAGACACCAUACAUUUUUGCCGAAGCUGAGAUUUGCUCGACACCACAUCUUGAUCUUGCGAGUGGAAUUUAUUGACCAAAAACACUGUUUCUGUUGCCGUACUGAUCAAUACAAUCGUGCUAGAAAUCGUAAAGAUACCAUUUCCCCACCAUCCAUGAUGAGUGGAGAAGUUGGGGAUAUGGAGAUGGACGACCUCAACAAGAAAGAGGACAGCAACAAGCAGGAAAUGGCUCCAAAGACAUCUCCACGACCUGGGCGCUUCCAGGUCAACAUCGUCAGUGAGAAGCCAGAGGCUUCACCCAAAGAGAACAGGGACAAGACCUCUCCUGUUCACAGUGAGCCAAGUUCCGGUGGACAUUCCAGUCCACUUGGCAAUGAAGACUUUGACCAUUCCAUGGCCAUGCAGACCUUUGGUCAAAACACCAUUGAAGUGAUGCCAUCUCUGGACUACUAUAGGAACCUUUUCUCCACAUCUGCAAGUGCCAAACAAAGGCCAACGUUGAAUGAUCUCCACGAACCCAUUAAGGUCCCAACACCCCAAGAUGCCCCUGCUGAUGCUGAGCGACAACCACAGACUUCGUCUGCUGCAAAGUUUGGUUGGAUCAAGGGAGUAAUGAUAAGAUGUGUCUUGAAUAUCUGGGGUGUGAUGCUCUUCCUGCGUCUCACAUGGAUUGUGGGACAGGCUGGAAUAUUGUAUGCAAGUGUAAUUAUCUUGAUGUCUGCAGUUGUCACCACUCUCACUACCCUCUCCAUGUCAGCUAUCUGUACCAAUGGAGAAGUCAAAGGAGGUGGAGCCUACUACAUGAUAUCCCGUAGCUUGGGUCCUGAGUUUGGAGGUUCUAUUGGUCUCAUCUUUUCCGUUGCUAACACCAUUGCUGUUGCUAUGUACGUAGUUGGUUUCUCUGAGACAGUUGCUCUUCUACUAAAGGAGUAUGAUGCCCAGAUGGUUAACCUGGUCAACGAUGUCAGGAUCAUUGGUAUGAUCACCAUUGUCAUCCUCCUUGCCAUCCUCUUUAUAGGCAUGGCAUGGGAAGCUAAGAUUCAGUUAGUUCUUCUUGUGGUUCUUAGUAUAGCUAUUUUCAACAUGGUUGUUGGUAGUUUUCUUCCGGUGACUGACGCCAAAGCUGCCAAGGGGUUCACUGGGUACAAAAAGGAUGUCUUUGUAGCAAAUCUGAAGCCCAGCUUCCAAGAUGGAGAGAGUUUCUUCUCAGUCUUCUCCAUCUUCUUCCCAGCAGCCACCGGUAUCUUAGCAGGAGCAAACAUCUCGGGAGAUCUUCAAGAUGCCCAGAAGGCUAUCCCCAAGGGAACAUUGUUGGCCAUCUUGAUCUCCACCAUUAUAUAUGUUGGUCUUUCUUGGAUCAUCGGUGGUUGUAUGAUCAGGGAGGCUACAGGGAGUAUUGCUGAUGUCAUUGCUGGCAACGUCACUUCGGCUUGCCUGAACGGCACCAUGAACUGUGAAUAUGGGCUUGUUAAUGACCUGGCUGCAGCGAAGGUCAUCUCUGGCUGGGUUCCUUUGGUACUAGCUGGUAUCUUUGCUGCAUCUCUCUCCUCCGCUCUAGCCAGCUUGGUCAGUGCUCCCAAGGUGUUUCAGGCUGUCUGCAAGGACAAGAUCUUCCCAAAGAUUGAGUACUUUGCUUAUGGAGUCGGCGCUGGUGAUGAGCCAAAGAGAGCCUAUGUUCUAACCUUCUUCAUUGCAGCUGCUUUCAUUGCUAUUGGUGACUUAAACACGAUAGCUCCACUCAUCUCAAACUUCUUCUUGGCUUCCUACGCUCUCAUCAACUUCUCUUGUUUUUCUGCUUCACUUGCAAAGUCUCCAGGCUGGAGACCUGCCUUCAAGUAUUACAACAUGUGGGUAGCCCUGGUGGCAUCAGUCAUCUGUGUUGGGGUCAUGUUCCUUAUCAACUGGUGGGCUGCUCUCCUUACCAUAGCUAUCAUCUCAGGUCUAUAUUUGUAUGUUCACAGCACAAAACCAGAGGUAAACUGGGGAGAUUCCAACCAAGCAUUCCUAUACAAGAGAGCACUCCAGACAACUAUCAAACUAGGCAAUGUACCAGAACAUGUCAAGACAUUCAGACCUCAAAUUUUACUGCUGACUGGGCCACCUAACUGUCGUCCAGCCAUGCUUCAUCUAUGUUCACAUAUCACCAAAAAUACUAGCUUGCUGCUCUGUGGAAAUGUCAUUUUAGGUGAGCAGCCAGAAGUUUUUAGACAGCUCAGAACAGCAGAAUAUGAGCAGUGGUUGAAUUAUAUGAAGAUCAAAGCAUUCCUUGCCUUCACUACAGCACCUAACCUCAGGAAAGGCGCACAGCAACUCAUGCAGCUCGGAGGCUUGGGUAAAAUCCGUCCCAACACAAUGUUUAUGGGAUUCAAGAGAAACUGGAGUGCCUGUAAGCCUCAAGACCUCUUGGAUUAUGUCGGCGUCAUACAUGAUGCCUUUGAUCUUCAGCUCGGUGUAUGUAUUCUGAGGUUACGAGAGGGUUCUGAUGUAUCAGCAGCUCUUGACUUUGAGAAAGAGGAAGCCUAUACACAGAAAGAAGAUAUUCCGAAAGAAGGUGAGAAAGCAACUAACAGCGUCACUACACCGACCAUCACCAUCACCCAGGACACCACUGUGAAGGAGAAUCAAGACCAAGCUGAAGCAGAUGAAGAAGAAGAGAAGGAGAAAGAGAAUGCGAAGGAAUCCACAGCAUUGGUUGAGAACUCAGAGAAUGAUGUGAACCAUCAAACACGGCCACUGUUGACGAGCGAGAAGCUGGUCCGCAACAUGCCGAUCGGCUCGGUCAUCAAGACCACACAGAAGUUCCAGGGCAAGCAACCCAAGGGUACCAUCGACGUCUGGUGGCUGUUUGACGACGGUGGUCUGACGCUUCUCAUUCCUCAUCUACUCACUCAGAAGACAAACUGGCAGAAGUGUAAGCUGAGGGUCUUCGCCAGUGGAAAGAAGGAAAGGGUUGAUGAUGAGAAAAGAAAUAUGGCAAACAUGCUGAGUAAGUUCCGUAUACCUCACGACAGUGUCACCAUCAUUCCAAACAUUGGCAAGAAGCCAUCGGCUGCAAGUGUGGACAAAUUUAAUGAGAUCAUCCAGCCGUGGUUACUGAAGGAUGGUGAAGAUCCUAAGAUGUAUCCAUGGAAGAUCUCAGAAGAAGAUGUAGAAUCACUUAAAGACAAGACAAUGAGACAAAUCCGACUCAGGGAACUUCUUCAAGAGCACUCAAAAGAUGCCAACCUCAUUGUCAUGUCACUACCAAUGCCUAGGAAGAAUCUGUGUCCACCCAUCAUGUACAUGUGCUGGUUAGAAGUGCUUUCUGGUGACCUCCCUCCAAUCAUGCUAAUGAGAGGCAACCAGACCAGUGUUCUCACCUACUACUCAUAGUAUAUGCUUUAAUGGAACGUUCAUCAGACUGAACACACCCUGUGUAUAAUACAUAAGGCUCAUUAGGGCCAACCAGACUAGCCUUCUCAACUCUGACUCCUAGCAAACGAUGAGUGGAACGUUCAUCUGAAGCCCCAGUCACAUAUAAAGACGGAUCCUCAAGGAUCUACACCGCAACGACUGGAUCAUGCCUGCAUGACCCGGGAUGGUCCGGAUAGUUUGAGCGUUGACGAGUGUCGAUGACUGUAUACACAAUUACGAACCAUGCAGGCAGAGCACGGCGUCUACACGGACCAUCAGCUUCACAGACCAAAAGGGCAGCUACCUGGACCAUUAGGGCAGCUUUUCGGACCAACACGGCAGCUACACUGACCAACGCGGCAGCUCCACGGACCAUCAAGAAUUGCUCUGCCAACACGGCAGUCCACGGAUGACAUCAAAUAUUUUUUUCCUCCCGAAAUUUACUGUGUUGGCAUCCUGAACCUUUCAAGGACCUCCAAAGAUGUCCAAUGCGUCUGCAUGGAUCUCUCCCCCGGAUCACCUCGGAUCUGAUCUAUAUGUGGCUGGGGGUGAAGGCAGACUGAACACAUGCUAGUAAACACUUAUCCUAAACAGUCUGAACACAUCCUGGUGUAUCAUGUUAUGUUUGUGGAAAGCAACGAUUGUGUAUUCAACUUGUGCAUGUACAAUGAUUGUCCUCAGACAUACAAGACCCAUCCCUGACAGACUGAACAUCCCCAAUGUAUUACAUUGUUGUCAUGCCUGAAAACUGUUUUGUAUUCAUCUGGAAUUUGUCAUGUAAGCUUCAACGGAAUGUUUAUAUGAAGCAAACAUUUUAGUUUACCAUUCACUACUGUAGGUCCGACUAUUGACAUUAUUCUCUUGGUUUUCACAUGAACACAACACUAUCAAACCAGAAUGCACCUGAAAGCAAAUAAAAGCAAAAUAGGCUGUUUACCGUCUAAUGUUAUAUUUAUUUCAAGUGUACAGUUGGAUGCAAAGUAUCAAAAUUAAAAUAUAUAAAGCAGUUCUUAACCAAUGUGGUUUUAGAAAAAAUGUAAUCACAAGAUAUUUGCGUGUUAUUUCGAAACACAAUAUUAAUUCUGUAUUACUAUCAUGUGAGGCAAUCAAGUGUAUCAGAUCACAGGAAAUAUAUUGGGUAUACUUAUUUAACAUAUGCUGGGUCAUAAUACCUUUAUUUGUUUGGGCAUGUGGAGAAUUUCAUGAUAAACAUGGGUUUCUGGGGAGCGUUCCGUCAACAUUUUCGUCCGACAAGCUGUCAGAUCUGACAACUUUCAAUGAUUUUAAUUGACUGAGAAGCACUGUUAUAAUGGUAAUUGUCUGAAACGGGGUUUGUCGCAUUACACGUCGAACAAGUCCUUUCAUGAAACGCACCCUAGAUCGUUUUAUUUUAUAAAAAUAAACAUGCAUUAUUAAUUUUUUAUUUAUUUCUUAAACGACAAAGAGUCUGUAUGCAUAUUUCUAUAUAGUGGUAUUAUUAUUGUAUAUGUUCCCCUUACCUUAUUUUGUAUUUCCAGUAUGUUUAAAUAGUUGUGAAUUUAUCAAGAUUUGAAAUGCAAGAUAUUUUUUUGUUGUUAACAUAAUUAUUGUGUUAGUCAUUCAAUUGAAAAAGUAUUACAAUAUGUAAGUUAUAUUGUACAUACAGCUACUUUUUUUCAUAUUCCAAUUGCAGAAGAGAUAAUCAUGGUAGUAGUUCAACAUCCAUUUUUUUUAAGAGCAUGUAUAUAGAAAGAUGAUAGAGAAACAAUAAAGAUAUUUAUCUAAGCAAGGUUACACAUAUAGGCAACUACUGUCUUGUGCAUGUCUGUCCUUAUGGUGCCAUGCAGUUACUUAAAAACCUAUCAUGGUUUUUGAAAGUAUAUCCCUAAAUUGUAGAAUUGACAGUGUGUUAUUAAUGUAUCUCAUAAAAAUUAAACAUUAAUUUCAAAGUUAUAAAGCAUUGUACCAUUUGUGCUUUUGUUGAUACGGCAAUUUCAUGUCAGAUUAUGUUCAUAUUGUUUUUGAUAAAUGAAUCUGGAACAAUGUAGUUGUUCAUUGCUCCUUCAACUAUUGUUUUUAUGGUUAAUGAACAAGAUGUGUGUUAACUCACUUUAAUUAUUCCAUUGUAUAGAAUCAUCAUUCCUGAUAGACCAAAAUACUGUUGAGGGAAUAUGUUAUGAUCAUGAAAAUAAGUGGAUGUGUGUUGAAUUUUUUUAGAUUUUUAUAGAAAUUAUAUAUUUUCAAAUGUAUAGUCCUACUUUCUUAUGAAUAGUCAAAUAAUCACAAAUAUAUAACUGCCACUUUUCUUUUAAUGCUUGUGCCUGUCUGUAGAUUAAAGUAGUUUUUAUGAAGCUAAAUUUCAAUGAAUAAUAAUCAUGACUUUUUGUAACUUAAACUUAUAAGAACAAUCAACUCUAAUGUUAUAGUAAGAAAUGAAAUUAUUUAAAGGUAAUGUUAAUUGUUUUAGGAAAAAAAGGAAGGAGAGGCGAGAUUGAAAACAGAAAAAUGAUAAAAAGAUGGGAGACCACUUUUAAAUAAAGGUAACACUUUCUAUUUCAACAAAGAAAUACAGAGCAAAACAUCAUUUCUCAUCAUAUUUCAUGUAACAUGCGAGAAUAGUUGUACAGUUUAAGAUUAUUUAUGCUUCAAGACCUGGCAGAGCCAGAUUCAUAUAGGCAGACUCAAAAUCCAAGGCUUAUAUUGUUUUCAGGGAUAAUAAACCUUAAAUUGCCUGCCACGUACAUAAUCUCUCCUGUGCCACAUUACUUUUAGGGUGCAACCUUAACAGGGUUUUGCAUGGACGAUGUUAAUUCAACUCAUAAUAAUUUUUGAUAGAUUGAUCGUAAAGGAAAGCUUUGUGUGUACAAGGAGCUAUGUGAUGCACACAACACUAUUGUGUAUGUGUGUGAGUACAAUAGACUUAAUACACCCUAUGGGUAUUGUGAAUAAAAUGUGACUUCAGUCAAAGUUGGCAACCUUCUAGUCAAACAAAGCGGGCAAAGUGUUUGUCAUGGGUUGUUCCUUAAAUUCAGUCACUUAUGGCAAAGGCUACUUUUCUGGCAUUAUGUUUUCACCACAUUUUUACUUUUAAAGCCUGUCUAUAGCACUUUGGAAUUAUACAAGAAUAUUGAGGCAAUAAGUAGUAGUGAAUUCUUAAAGAGCACAUCUUGUGUAAAUUAUUGCAAAUCCUGUGAUAUACUUUAGUGCAUGUCGGUACUUGAAAAAUAAAAAGAAACUAUACAUAGCAAAAAAAAAUAUUGGUAAAUUUAAAAUGAUCUGUACUCUGUAGAAUUGGAAAGAGGUUUAAAAGCUGUAGAGGCUGUAUUUAAAGCAGCUCUUCGAUACAUAUUAUACGAUAUAGUAGUCUGCACAAAACCGUAUAGUGCGCUAUCAAGAUUGAAAUGUAUUUAUUCUGUGUAUCAACAAAAUUUGUUUACAAAGAAGUAUUUAGCUUGAAUUGGUUGUUUUCAAGAGUGAUACAGACAUUUUUGUUUAGUAUCUCUCUCUCUCUCUCUUUCUGUGAUUGGUCAUUAAUCUGUAUUCGUUAGAUAUAUAUAUGAAUAUAUAUAUUGUGAAGAAAUUAUCUAUCUCAAUACUAAAGGAGUAUUGAUGGUUUACAAUUACACUAAUUUAAUUGAUUGAAAAUUAUGAGGAUACAUGCUACAAUGAUUGGUACCUUAAAAUUACAUUUUGUCAUUCAUGUUAAUGAUAAAUGUAUACAAAUCAAAAUGAAGUCAGUGGCUUUUUAAACUUGUUUGUAUAUAUUAGUAACCAGGUUUACCGUACAUGUAGGUAAUGUUAAGGAAUAAAUCAUUAUUUAUGGAGUAAAUUUUGAA